AUGGAUCAAUGGUUAAAAACUGGUAUAAUAAAAAAACUAGACCAAGUUGGAGAAAAUAUUCAUUUAAGAAGUACUUCUCAAGACUUAGCUAAAGAUUUGGUACAACAUACAGAAAAUGCACAGUCUUCAGUUCUUCAAAAAGGUAAAAAGAGAAAAUACAAUGAUGAAUAUGUAAAAUAUGGAUUUUCAUAUGUAGGAGAUUUUGACUAUCCUAAACCUAAGUGUAUUGUGUGUGGUGAAAUAUUAGAAACAAAUAGAGAGCGACUCUCUGACAAGGCAAUUGAGUUCCUAUUGCCAUUUACUAGUACGGAGUUGGUCGAAAGAGCGUUUUCUUCAUAUAUCUUUAUUAAAAAUAAGUAUAGAAAUAAACUAAACGCAGCUCCAGAUUUAAGAUUAUAUAUCACAUCAUUUGAACCUGAUAUUAAAAAAUUAUGUAAUUUGAAACAAGGUCAAGGAUCUCACUAA